AUGUCAAACUACGACCCGUACGAUCGGGAUUACUCUCGCCGCUAUGUGCGGGAGGAGCGUCGAGAAGAACCCCGCUAUCUCGACCCUCGAGAUUCCUUCAACUCAAAGACUCAUCGGGAGAUCGUUCCUCGCGGUCGUGAGGACAGCGAUCUAUCGAUAGAAGAGGUCAGACGGGACUUUCCCCCUCCUGGUACCCGUGAUAUUCGCCGGGCCCGAUCCGCCGGCCCAAACUACUACGAGGAAGAAUAUGAGUAUCGCCGAGGCUACGACCCUCGCGAUCGCGACUAUGACCGCCGUUCCCACAGAGGCCACUCCAGUCCAUACUACGAAGAUGAAGAGCGCGAGCGUAAGCACAAACCCAAGGGCAUGUCCAAGAAUGAGAAGAUCAUCGCAGCCGUCGCCGGUGCCGCCCUUUUGGCGGGUGGUAAGGAACUAUACGAUCGCCGCGAAGCCAAGGAGGAGCGCACUGAAGUCCAACGCAAUCCUCUGUCAACUGCAGCUCUUGCUGGAGUCGGUGCCUUGGCUGCCUACCAGGGUGCACAAUUCUACAACAAGCAGCAGGCCAAGAAGGAUCAAAAGGCCAACAUGAUCCUUCAACGCGGCCGCGACGGUUAUUAUAGUGAUUACUACUCUGAUGAGGACGAAAGCCCAAGGGAGAAGAAGGGACACAAGAACUUUCUCGAGAGUGCUAUCGCAGCUACAGGUCUCGGCGCAGCUGUCAAGAGUCUCACUGGUGGCGGCGGAGACGAUACCAGGAGUCGCCGGGGAGGUAGUCCUUCCAGCGAAAGAUCUCGUUCUCACGCCGGUGGUGGCAGCGGCGCCAACAAGAUUCAAAAGGCGGCUAUGGCUUCCCUCCUUGCCGGUGCCACAGAGGCCUUUCGUGUUGCCAAGGAGCCUGGCGGCUGGAAGGGUGAAAAGACGAAGCGUAUUCUCACCGCCGCUGCAGGUGCUGCUGCUGUCGACACCGCAACUGAUGACAAGGGAGGAAAGCUAGGCUUGGCUGAGUCUGUGAUUGGUGGCUUAGUCGGCAACCGCCUAAUUCGUGGUUCCAGAAAUGAUAUCGAGGAGGAUCGCAAGACUGGCCGCAGCCGCUCGCGCUCGCGAGCUCGCUCCAAGUCUCAGGGUGGUGGCAGUGGAGGCGCAAGCGGUCUUGCUGCUCUUGCAACCGCUGGCUUGGGUGCCCUGGGCGCAAAGAAGGUUCUUGACCGAUCUCGAUCGCGAUCCAGAAGCCGUAGGGGACGAAGUGCCUCAUAUAGUCCAUCCCCAGACAGGCGCCGUCAGCGAAGCCGCAGCCGUAGUGUUGUUGACAAAGCUCGCAACGGUUUGGCCAAACUAGGCCUUGGAGCUGGAGCUGGCGCUGCCGCUGAUGACUACCACCGGCGCGACCAAGAUGACUUUAGCGAUCGCGGUGGCAGCCGUUCCCGCCGAUACUCGGACGAUAUGUACGAUGACCGUCGAUAUGGAACCAAUCGAGAUUAUUACGACGAUGAUAGAUCAUUCAAGAGCAAGCCCCGAGAGAGAAGACGAGGAGGGCGUUCUGAUUAUUCCUCUUCGUCAUCAGACCUAGGGGAUUCUGAUGAGGAUGAGAAGCGGGCGAAAAAAAUGAGAGGUAAGCAAGUUAUCACCACCGGUUUAGCGGCAGUAGCCACUAUACACGCAGCGCACGAGGUAUAUUCUAGCAUGGAAAAGAGAAACGCACGGCACAAAGCAGUCAAGGAAGGGCGGUUGAGUGAGAUGGAAGCCAAAAAGCUCAAGACGAAAGCAAUCAUGCAAGACGCCGCAUCAGUCGGUAUUGCUGCUAUGGGCAUCAAGGGAGCCAUCUCCGAGAUGAAGGAAGCCAAAGAGCUGACACACGAGUGCAAAAAUUUCCAACAAGAGAAGGCUCGUCGUCAUGAGAAGCGAGUGCAAAGGCGCUUACGACAACAGUCAAUGAGUGACGGCAGGAGGAGAGCAGACAGCUGGGCUCCUUCGUCUCGACGGGAUGGGUACGACUCGGAUAUCGAGUAUGAAUACUUUGACCCUCAAGACUACGGAAGCAAACCUUACAGAGGCAACACCUUCCCAGCAGAGCCGUAUGGUACAGACACUUACAGAAGGAAUCCCAACGGUCUGCCAUCUCCUUACUAA